CUCCGUUUGACUGCGAGAACGGACGCGUUGCUUCAUCAUUUCAAUCACUUUCGUCGCCUCCACACUUUUCCAGCGUAUCCUGAACUCCAGAUUGUUGCGACCAUUCUGCCACUCAAUUUGGAACCAUUCGACACCUUGCCCUAUAAGACGGCACCUCCCUCGAUCGCGAAGCCGAGCAAAGUGACCCCCCGCAUUCACACCUUGAUAACAGGCUUUGCAUCAGCUUGACAAGAGAUAUCACUUUGCACAGGCUCUUACCUUGGAUGGUAGCAAAGAUUUCAUAAUUACCACAAUGGCUCAGACCAAAAGCGCCUCGCGGCCUUCUCUCGGCACUCCUACAAAAGGUCGAAGACAAUCCUCCGGAGUCUAUGCAUCCCCAAGACAGAGAACAGGUGGCAAAAGCUAUUCUAGACCACAACCUGGAGAUCCCAUCCCAAAGCGCACACCUACCCGCCGCCGCUACCGACCUGGGACUAUCGCGCUACGAGAAAUUCGACGUUAUCAACAAUCCACAGAUCUUUUAAUAUUGAAGCUUCCUUUUGCUCGACUUGUACGCGAGAUUGCUGAAGAGAUUGUGCCUUAUGGUGCAGGAGGUUUCCGGUGGCAGAGUCAGGCGAUCCAAGCCCUGCAAGAGGCCUCGGAGGCUUUCCUCGUCCAUCUGUUCGAGGACACCAACCUUUGUGCCAUCCAUGGCAAACGAGUCACCAUUCAACAGAAGGACAUUCAAUUAGCCAGACGCUUGAGAGGCGCCUGGGGUGGCUUGGGAUGACCAUGUCUGUCAUAAUGAAUUUUGGGUAUCACGAACUGGAUUGUCGGAUUAGGAGUUGGAUAAUGUGCAUAUACUGUUCACCAAGGAAGUUGAUUCGAGUAGUACGCUAUGGAUAGCAUGGGCAGGCCACUCGUCAAGCAUUUGCAGCUUUUGUAUGCUGUCCGUCGUCGUUGGGUUAUGGAUCAUGAUAGCGUAUUUAGAUAUGGUAAUUGGACUAUACAGGAUUGCUCCUGGGAAAAACCAGCGAAGCUAUAAUUGCAUUGACACCAA